AGGCCGUCUGGGGCUCAGGCGGCCAUGGCCCAAGCCUGGAGGCCCAACGCGGGCGUUCUCUGAUGCACCCGUUUUACCGCACACCGUGCCUACCCCAACCUCCGAGGCCGUGAUCUCCUCACCGCCUGGGCGCCAGGGCGUCGCGAGGAGGUCUGGGCACUCGCCGCGCCGAGGCUCUAAGCCGCCCAUGAUCCUGCGCCUACUUAGGGGGGUCAGCCUGUUGGGGGCCAGCAAAAGGUAGGCUCGGUUCUUUGGAUGCUCCUUGUUCGGGGCCGCAUUUGCCGCCACGGAUCUGUUUCCUUGGCUUUUCCUGCGCGUAUCUCUGUUCGCAUCCCCGGGCCAGUCUGUGUCAUCAGAAGGUACUUCGUCCUUCGUUUGCCCCUCCUUGGCUCCGACCCCCACUGGCGGGCGAAGGGCGUGACCCCCGUGCUGCUCUGCGCCGCGGCGGCGGCGCUCGCGUGCCCGCGCGCCGCGCUGGGGCUUCAGCUGGAGGGCCGCCAGGCGCCGGAGGCGGUCAGUCUCGGGCGCCAGGAGUUCCGGCUCGGCGGCGCAGACGAGCUCGGGGCCCUGGGCACCGAGCAUGCCGGCCGGGGCGAGGAGGCGCUGGAGGGCAGGGACGCCGCGGGCAACUGCCUCGCGGACCCCUCGAAGUCCAGGUGGAACAAGACGACGAAGGGCAUGUGGAAGGUCAAGAUAUCGCCCUUCGUGCAGCAGCCUCCGGGGCCGGUGCCGCGCCCAGGGACGAGGCCGAAGGUGGCAUUCUUGAUGUUCGUGAAGGACACGGUCCUGAAUCCGAAGCUCUGGCUGCAGUGGAUGCGGGAUGCUCGGAGCAGCGGCCUGGACUUCAGACUCAUCAUCCACGCAGCCUGGAUCCACAGACCGAACGGAGAGUACGACCCCAACCAGUUCUCGCAGAAAGAGUUCCUCGAGUACGUGUCCCCCGAGUGGUCGGCGACGAAGUGGUGCAACAUGUGGGACGCCGAGUGGUUGCUCAUCCAGCAGGCCCUGAAGGACCCGGACGUCACGCACAUCCAGAUCCUGUCCCAGGAUUCCAUUCCCUUGAAGCCCAUGCGCUACAUCUACCAGGCGCUGCAGGACGACCCCGUGACCCGCAUGUGCGCGGACGACUACGUCUACAAGCCAUGGCCCCGUGCCGAGACCUGGUGGGUCAUGCGCCGCGGCGACGUCGAGCUCUUCAAGCAGCACGAGGCCCAGGCCAAGACGUGGUUCCGCGUCGAGUGCUCGGAGGAAGAGGCCUGGUACUACCCGCUCCGCGCCCGGAUGGAGCGCUGGGGCUGGGAAGCGGCGCCGGUGAAGGACGAGUGCGUCAUGUUCACAGACUGGGCGGAGGGGAACCACUCGUGCAAGGCGUGGGCCAGCCUGGUGAAGCAGUGCCCGAACGGCUGCAGGGUCACGCGCAGCAUGCCCCACACGGAGUCCGCCACGAAGCAUCCGGCGGUCUUCCAGAGCCUGUCGAUUGCGGCCUUCAGGGAGCUCUUGGCGUCCCCCUUCUGGUUCAGCCGCAAGUUCGCUGACGGCGCGAUCUCGACCCCCAACAGGUUUGCGGCGUUGCUCGAGAAUUACACGGCCAAUUACACCGACCCGGGCCUGGGCUACGAGGAGAGCCUCGGCGUUGCCACCCGCGAGGACCUGGUGGACCUGCCGGACCAGGUCGUGCCCGCCGCCCCCGACGCCGUCGUCCCCGACACCGUCGCCACGCCCGCCGCCGACGCCGCCUCCGACGCCGUCCACGAGGCCGCAGUCCCUGACGCCGUCGUCUCCGACGCCGUCGUCCCCGACGCCGUCGCCACGCCCGCCGCUGACGCCGUCGCCGAGGCAGCGCCCGACGCAGUGCUCGCCGGUGCCCCCGAGGCAGUGCCCGGCGCCGCCCCCGACGCCAUCGCCGGCGCGGCGUGAGAGCGGCGGGCUGCGCGGCCACCGGCACGACCCGCAGCGGCACGACCGGCAGCGGCACGUGACCGCCUGCCUGCCUGCCUGCCUGCUUGCCUGCCUGCCUGCCUGCCUGCCUGCCUGCCUGGACCUCGCUCUCGGUCGAGCGUCGCCCUGCUCCUGCCUGCUGUGCCUCGCUCUCCGCCGAGCGUCGGAAUUGGCGCCUUGGUGCGCUGCCGCAGCCUGGCCUGCCUGCUGCCCUCUGCCUGCUGCCUCCUGCCUGCUACCGGCUGCCCUCUGCCUGGCACCUGGCACGUUGGCCCGUGACCACCUUGGCUCAGGCCGCUCCUGGCUCUGGCGCCCGGGCCGACGUGCCGCCUGCACAUUUGGCGACGACGGUGCUCUUCGGGUUGGAACUCAGGGGCGGGCGGGCGAUGCUGAGCCGGGCCCGGCGCUUGAGCGAGCUGGCCGGAUGGGCCGCCGCAGCUGCAUGCGCUGUGCCCGCAGCUGCUGGCACGCGUCGCGUGGGGGGGGGGCGUCGGCAGCAGGGAGGACGCAGAGGACCAGGAGGUGACCCCGCACCCC